CCCAGUGUUGUUGUCAACAUGGAGACCGGCAGUCCGCGUAAGAUCCAGUUCACGGUGCCUUUGCUGGACACCCACCUGGAUCCAGAAGCAGCUGAGCAGAUCAGGAGACGAAGGCCUACACCUGCCACCCUGGUAGCAUCCAGUGACCAAUCCUCCCCAGAAAUUGAUGAAGACCGACUUUCCAAUCAGCUGUACAAGGCAGCGCUGCUAAACUCCCCGCGGCAGCGACGGAAGGGGGCUCGCGGCACACCAACUAUGAAAGAGCUGCAGUUCCUGGUGGAGCACCACCUAUACUGUCAGCAGCACGGAGGCGCCGCUGGGGACGAGUGCUCCUCCGAGAGCUGCCUGUCAGACCGGCCGAGCCCAGACAGCGCGACGGCCGGGGACGAGCUCCCCGAGGACGAGGGAGGGUGGAACGCGGAGGACAAGGCCACGGCAGAGGCCUUCGAGAAGCUGCGCUGCCAAAUGGAAGAAUUUUCUAGAGAAAGCCUGUUAGAAGCAUCUGGUGGCACUGAAGACCUCUUGAAGGAGGACAUUCUCACUCCCGUGGCCAAGGAAACUCCAGCACAUCUUAAGCCAGCAGGCGAGAUGAAAGUGAGUCCACUGGCAAAGGAGGACAAGAAGGACGCCCAGGAGGAAGAGAAAUAAAGUGGCCUUCGGCCAUGCCAGAUGGAGAAUGGUGGAAACGACGUCUUACCCACCACAUCAAAUGAAAAGACACUAAAGCUCCUGACUUCUGUGACUUUAAGGGCGAGAGGGACAGCAGCUUAACGAUUUGGCCUUCACUCAUUCAUCUCAUCUGUUGUUCCUCUGUUUUAAAUAGCCUUUGUACUUUCCUCUUAAUAAUCACAUUUUUACAUCCCUUUAUCUUACGCACAAGCAUCGCACGAAACGUUAUUGUGGAAAAACUUUGACGGUCUUGGCCGGUCUUCGCGCACACAGGGCGAGUUCCGUUUUGACAGUGUGGCAGAGUAAGGACACAUUUUCCUGUGUUUCGCGCUCCUCUGUGAAACUAUGGAGAACUGAAAUUUGAUCGAUUUAUCCGUUUUGCUGUCGGCGCUUUAUUGUUUUUUUUAACCUUCAACGACAUUCCAUUUCAAAGCAAUAUUACAGUAUCUUGUGUUUUUGGUAAUACUCUAUAACCGGGGGUGGGUGGAACAUAGGAAUUUUUGCUACUAGCCAACUGACCGUCUUCAGUAAAAAAUGUAGUCCAACAUGCCGUGUUUUACUAGCUAACAGGCUUGUGUUCAGUUAUUAUGCUCCUCCUUCAUCUUAAUGACUUGCCUCAGGUGAGUUGGUAAGUUUAAUUUCCAACCCUGUCUUUAACAUGCUGAAUAUUAUGGUUAUAGUUAACUUAAUAAAACUUUCUUCUUAAUGCUUAGAGUCUUAGUGACAUAGUCCAGGAUAAGGCAAGGUAGUUAGGUUUACUUUUACUUUUACUUGCUCUUUGGGUGAGUUUUUUAGGUUCGUUUUUGUUGUCCCGUGUGCAGUGAGGGUUACCCACAACCUUGAGCGUGUCGGAAAAAAAACAUGCCCCAGUUUCUUAGAACACAGUUUCUCAGAGGUGCUGUGUGACCACAUUUCAUAUUGUAGGUCACACUCAGAUGCAGACCACUUGAUGUAGAUUAGACCUGAAUAGACAAAAGAGUGAAACCCUCUGAUUGCUUUUAGAUAGCCGAGUCACGUCAUAUAUGUUAGUAGUGUUGCAAAGCAGCCUGAAAACGUGUGUGUAAGAGUGGAUCGCCACUCAUCAUAGAACUCGUUCGUCAUUCUGUGAAACCAGAACCUGAAUCCUGAGAACGACCACUGGAUCUGCCCUCUCUAUUCCAAUCGCUCCUCCUCACCUAUCUCCUCAUCCUUCAUUUCCUUACCAGUGUCUUUUGAAUGGCCCCCCCAUGCAUGAGCAUGUCAAGAAGGACUGUGUUUACCCGGCUGUUACCCGGCGAUACCACACUGGUGGGAAUUGGCCUAACCCGCUACAGCCAUUGUGAAAUAAUUCCGUAACUGUACAGUUGUUCUGUGAAUGCACAGGUGAAAGUCAAUACAGUAAUGUUUGUAAUAAUACACUCUCUCAAAUUUUACAAUCUAUGUCUUCUAUCCACUAUGUAUAUAUACUGUAUGACAUCUACAGUGUAUAUAUACAGACAGAUGGGUUUUGCUUGUGUCUUUUCAUUCUUGGUGUUUUAAUUUUAAAAAAUCUGCUUCUGGUUUGGUUAGACUAUGGUUGUAUAUACAUCUUUUAAUAAUUAGCACAGAUUGCCCACGUUAAUCUCAUUGGCCUUAUAUGCAUAUAGCUGUCAUAUAGUUAUAUUCCACCAUAUAAGGUAAAUAUGACUAUAGGUUAACAGCAUUGGCUAAAUGAUAAACAUGGCACAGUUUAAAAAAUGUACUGGAAACGGCAAUUAUAGGUAGCAAUAGAGAUUUUUAUAUUUUACUAUUAAUUGUAAUACUUAUCCAUGUCAGUGGUAGCCCUCAGGAAUAGAGGCCCUGAUGGUGCCUUUCUGGUCGAGUAUAAUGUAAGUUACUGAGCAGUGACCAUAAGGCAUGUUAUCCGACAGCAUUUCAGAUCACUAGCUUUUGCAACUAUAUAUUGUUUCGGUACAUGGCAUGUGUUAGAAAUCUCUUCAUUCGGCAGUGCAACUGUGCAACUCUUGCACCUGAGUGGAAGAACACUACUUACUGUAUGAGGGACAAAAAUCGUAUAAAAUACGAAGAGGUUUUUGCAGCAUUUCUGCCAUGGAACGUUUAUAUGUUAACGCAGUAGAUGAUCUCUUAUUUGAUGGCACAAUCACUUAAUUUAGGUAACUGCAUCAUCCACAUCAACAAAUAAAAUCAUUUUUAAAAACCAUGGAAAAUACCACGUAAUUGUAGUAAAGAAUAGUGUUUUUUCACCUAA